AUGGCUUUCCAAUCAAAGAAGCGCCUUGCGCUCGCGAUCCUUGACUUCCUCCAAACCUCCCAGACAGACGGCUCAGUAGCACCCGACGACGCUGAACAGCUCGAAGUCGCCGCCAACUGCAUCGCCGAAGCCUUCAAGGUAGAUGCCGCCGAUGAGGCCGCAAAGAAGGACGCCAUUGGCGACCAGAAUCUGCUUGCAAUCUACAACGUCUACGAGAAGCUCAAGGGGAAGACGACUGCCACAACCGAGGGAUCUUCUUCGGCCAAGGAGGCCCGACCAGCAACACCACAGACACCUGCCGCCGGUUCAGGACCAGGCGGACCAAACAAGGAUGAGGCAGAGAGGCUAAAGGGUCUGGGUAACGAGGCGAUGAAGAAGAAGGACUACGAUUCUGCUGUGAAGCAUUACACCGCUGCCCUCGACGUUAUUCCCCUCAACCCCAUCUACCUAUCCAACCGCGCCGCCGCAUACUCAGGCCAAGGCAAGCACGAGCUAGCAAAGGAGGACGCUGAGAUGGCAGUCGCUGCUGACCCCAACUACUCCAAGGCCUGGUCGCGUCUCGGUCUCGCAAAGUACGUUCUUGGCGAUGCAAAGGGUGCUAUGGAGGCAUACAAGUCUGGCAUGGACGCAGAGGGCGGCGGCUCAGAAGUCAUGCGCAAGGGCUACGAGACAGCCAAGAAGAAGGUCGAAGAAGAGGGCGGCGAUGUCGGCGCUCCCGAUGCUGGCACUUCUCGAGGAACACCCGGUGGUAUGGGCGGCGGAGGCGGAAUGCCUGACCUCUCAGCAUUGGCUGGAAUGCUCGGUGGCGGCGGCGGCGGCGGCGGUGGUGGUGGAAUGCCUGAUCUCGCUGGCUUGAUGCAGAACCCGAUGAUGAGGCAAAUGGCACAGAACCUCAUGAGCAACCCAGAUAUGAUGAGCAACCUCAUGAACAACCCGAGGAUAGCGGAGAUGGCCCAACAAUUCGGUGGCGGUGGAGGCCGGGGCGCAGGAAAUGGAGGAAGCGGUGGUGGAAUGCCCAACAUGCAGGACCUCAUGAACGACCCCAACCUCGCUGAGAUGGCCCGGAACUUCAUGGGAGGCGGAGGCGCUGGUGCUGGUCGUGGUGCAGGGCAAUAA